AUGUCCGGGGAUCUUUGUUUGUUGAACCCUUUUAUUCGUGAUCAAAUCCGUCUUCCAGAAUUUAAGAAAUUCCCCAAUCGUGACUAUGGUCCCAAUCCCCAGUUGUUCUAUGUUAGAAAAGGGGUUCUGUCGGCUAAUCCGUCUCAAACAUCGAGUUUUGUUUUAGUGGUGAUUCACGGUGGUAUUUUAGGUUUCUGGAGGCCUGGAGAUUUGAUUUGGACCGGGUUUGGUCCAAUACACUGUACAUUCUUGGAUGUUAUUUACUACCAGGGAAAGUUGUAUGCUAUCGAUGUGGUAGUCCGAGUUUGGGUUUGGGAUGAAUUUAAUAAACCUCCCCUUGCCCAAUUUUUCCUUGGUUUUGAUAGAAAACUAUUUCGUGACCAAACUCGAAGAGAGUUAUAUUUAGUGGAAUCGUCAAUGGGCGAAUUCCUACUUCUUGCCCGGAAGCUUAUUAAGCCUAGGGAUCCCAGGAGUGGUCGGGAAAGAAAAUUUAAAGUCAUUCGAUUGGAUCUUGAUGUGGAGAGUUUCAAGUUUGAGAAGAUAAACGAUUUGGGUGGUGAUGCCAUUUUUGUUGGCCUUAGUGUUGCCGUGUCUAUUCCGGCUUCGAUGUUUCCAGGAGUCCUUAAAUCCAAUUGCAUCUAUUUCAUUAAUGAUUGCAUCGAAAGUUAUUUGCGUUUUGGUAGCUUAAAGGGUUGCAAGGACAUGGGAAUUUAUAAUCUUGAAGAUUCAAGUGUUGAACGAUUUACUGAUAUUGAGUCGUCCAGUUCUGGUAGUCAACUAUUCAGCGACAAGGUGCAGAAGAAAUUACGGAUGAGAAUUGAAAUUCAAAGGAAAUACACAGUCCAUACUGGAAAAAGCACAGCAAAGCAACUGGGAAUAAACAAUCCCAGCAAUUUGGAAGCAACAAAUACUCAGCUCUCAGAGUUCAAUCUAGCUCUGUCAAGCUUCAUUGAAAAUGUGAAUGUGGAAAGCAAUCCAAAUAGCAUGAUAGAUUGGAAUGAAUAG